AUGAAAGCCAUCGACAAGAUGAUCGUGAUGGGCAGCCAGAUGGACGGACACUUGUUGAAGGCUGCGGCUGAAGCGCACCACAAGGCCAUUGGCAGCAUCGAUGCCACGGGAGUGACGUCUGCUGCUGACUAUGAGGCAGUGAACGCAGCUAUUGGACGCAUUGUCGCAUCGGUGCCAAAAGCGACAGUGAUGGAUGUGUACAACUCGAUGGCCGCAGUGGUGGAUGGAACCGUCCCCAACAACAUGUUCUCCAAGGUGAACCCUCUCGAUGCAGUUGCCGCUGCAAAGGGCUUCUACACCUUCAAGGAUGUGGUGGAAGCGUCUCAGCGCUGA